GGCAAGUGAGCGCGGCGGGGACGUGGCCAGCGCGGGGGCCGGGCAGUGCCGGAGCCAGCUUCCUUUAUAUAGAACCCAUUUGUGAAGAUUCAUCCCAUUACAUGCAUCCUACAUCCUUUUAGGCGGAGGGAGCUUCUCUCAAGAGCUGAAAAUGGCUAUGCUUUAUCAAGCUGUAUAUAGAAGAGCUUCCUUUCUGUGGUGCAGGCUACACUCUACCUACGUUAGAAAAAUACGAUACUUAUUUGAGCUAAAGGAAGAUGAUGGCCUUUGUAGGCAAGCCCAGAACUCAGGAACUUUCUACCUCUUUCACAAUCUGUUUCCUUUCCUGCAAAAAGUUGGAAGCAAACAUUUGGCCCCACAGAUAAGUGCAUCAGAACUGAAGAGGAUUUUGAAGAAGUUCCAACAGAAUGAACAAAAACUAGGGGAUUCAGUGCUGAUUGGCUGUUCAGAUGAAUGCAUGGCAUACUUUGCCCUGGAUUUAGGUUCCUUGGAAAAAGUGGACAUUGAAUCUGAACUCAAAGGAUCAUUUACUGAGUUACAGAAAGCUUUCUUCCAGCUAGAUGGGAAGGAUGCCCCCUUGCUGUUCUUGGCUCAAGCUCUCCUUCGCUGGCAUGACACUCACAAAUACUGCAGCAAAACUGGCCAGCCUACUCAGAAGAACCUUGCUGGCAGCAAGCGUGUUUGUCACACCAACGGAAUAAUUUAUUAUCCACAGAUGUCCCCAGUAGUUAUCACUUUGGUGUCUGAUGGGAGCCGGUGUCUUCUUGCACGGCAGGCGUCGUUCCCUCAGGGGAUGUACAGUGCUCUGGCAGGCUUCUGUGAUGUUGGUGAGACACUGGAGGAGACUGUCUGCCGGGAGGUGGCAGAAGAAGUGGGAUUGGAGGUGAAGUCAGUGUGGUAUUCUGCUUCUCAGCACUGGCCUUUUCCCAACAGCUCGCUAAUGAUAGCUUGUCAUGCUAUGGUGUGGCCACAACAGAAUGAGAUCAGAGUGAACAAACUGGAGCUGGAAGCAGCCACUUGGUUCAGCCUUGAAGAGGUUGUGGAGGCACUCAGAAGGGAACCCAGGCCUAUGAAACAAGAAGGUGGCAGGUUCUCACUCUGGCUGCCUCCAAAGUGGGCCAUAGCCCACCAACUGAUUCAGGAAUGGGUUAAGCAACAGAGCACCAUGCCUGCUUAGCCACAGUCAGUCUAUUGAGA